GUCAGCGAUAUACAUCGUAUGUCAGUCCUGAGAGCUCUUCCAUUCCGCCGUAUUCUUCGUUGCAGCGAGUAGCUUUAUGUUGGUACAUUGUUUGUUGCGGGCUCAUCGUUCACGGCCCGGAGUAUGACUUACACCAUACUCUGAUACGCUAACCGGAUCCGAUACCCCGUACAUUCACUCGCACGUUUGCCAAGGCUUCGAUCGGUGCGGCCCGCCCCUUGUCGGGCCUUGUCGUCAACACCCGGCCCUAACGCCUUAAACACCGCCCGGCAAGCCGCACAUGCUCCCCCAGUGCAAAUUAUCCUGCAUCAUCAACCACUGCAGUUAUCAUUUUAUCUUUGUACAAAGAGGGCUCUCGGACAGCAUCCUCCUGCAGCUGCAGUUCAAUCUUCAACAUGUCUCCCACAACGCGCGUGGCAGUAGUCACAGGCGCGAAUCGCGGUAUUGGAAAAGCAAUCAUCGACCGAUUGGUGGCGACCGGGGGACAGGAUUAUGGCCUCAGCGGGAAGUUGGUUCUCUACGCCGCCUCACGCUCGGGGGAUACUCCUCCUACGCCUGCAGCUGCUUCCCCCUCAGUAGAAUUGAGGGGCGCACGGCUAUCUCUCACCGACCCACGCUCCAUCGACGAUCUCGUUGCAGCAAUCAAGGCUGAGCAUGGGGGCUGCCAUAUGCUCGUCAACAAUGCAGGCAUCUACUACUACCGUGAGAACAUCACGGCAGCGCAGCGUAAAGAGACACUGGACGUCAACUACCGCGGCACUCUCAAGGUGUGCCAGGCUUUCAUCCCCAUCAUGCACGACGGCGGCCGCAUUGUCAAUCUGUCAUCCCAAUCUGGGCAACUCCAUUACUUCGCCCCACAUCUGCGAACACGCUUCCUUGACCCAGACUUGACGCUUAACCAACUAGACCAGCUCGUUGGGGAAUACAGCGAUGCAGCAGCGAAGGGGGACGCGGUCCAGAGGGGCUGGCCCCGCAUGACAUAUUUCACCAGCAAGGCAGCGCUCAAUGCAGCGACACGUAUUCUCGCACGAGACAACCCCAGGCUCCUCAUCAACUGCUGCUGUCCCGGCUGGGUCAACACGGAGCUCGGCGGCCAGGCCGGCGCAGCUCCAAAAACUCCAGCGGAAGGAGCUCGUAUUCCUCUGAAGCUGGCGCUCGGCGAUAUAGGCGGCAUAUCUGGGCGGUACUGGGCGAACGACUCUGUCUCCGAAAAGGGUGACGGCAAGGUUCAACCAUGGUAAUGUGUCAUUCCGGUAAUAGACGAACUGAAGUAUACCAAGAUCAAGGAGAAGGAUAUUCCAAGUGGGAAGUACACAAAUAUCCAGUUUCACAAAGUUCCAUGUAUUUGAGGUAUCUGCUGAACGGAUUGUAGCUUCGUAGCCAGCGCGAGAACGUUGGGGGGAAUAUAAUAAAACAUUAUUCCAG